AAGCACAACACACAAUUUUGUUUUUUCUCCUUUCUCCAAACUCCGACCACCGCCGCCGGGUCCUCCUCCUGACUUCUCGGAGCCUCUCGCCGCCGCCCCUCUUCUCCCUCCACCGGUGACUGAAGCAGGUGCUGGACGCUAGUCGGGGCCCCUCCUAGUCGUGAAAUCGAAGCGGGAGGAGGAUUAUGGAGCCGGACAUACAGAGGAACGAGAUGCUGCUGGCGCCGACGAUGGCGUUCAAGAAGGUGCAGAUGGCGGACAAGUACCCCAAGGGCCAGUCCCGUGGCCGCCAGUGGAAGCACCUCCGCUUCCUCCUCCAGGCCGCCGACGCCACCUCGCUCCCCCCGGACCGCCCCAACUAUCUAAAUAUUCAGUCGCCGCCAUCCAUUUAUCCACCGAAGAGAUACUGUGACGUAACAGGUUUUGAGGCACCAUACGUAGAUCCCAGGACCAAGCUGCGCUAUGCUGAUCCAGAGGUGUUCAAGCAAAUCAGAAAUCUUCCAGAUGAAUAUGUCCAAAGAUAUCUGGCCGUGAGAAAUGCAGCAGUUGUUCUACGAUAACAAACUCCCGCGCUACUGUCCCUAUUCGACUAGCAAGUAUCCCGCUCUGUAAUCAGAAUGGGGUUUCUUCCCCCUCCUAAUUGCGCUGCUGGCUUAUAUGAGCAUUCUGAAACGUAGACCUAGGGUACUGAAACCUUUGAUCAUUUCGAAGAGAUGUUGAGUCACCAUUUAUUGUCAUUGUUGUGCCUUACCAGCUUGGAAACGCUCUGUCCUGUUAUUUCUGUUAAUAUUCUGAUA